AUGUGGGAUACGUUGGAGGCAGAUCAGGGGGAAGGCCUAAGUUUUCUUUUUGUUGACAAUCAGGGCACAAAGAUGCAAGCAUUCGUUGAACAAGCAAAUCAGAUGAAUAGGUUUAAGAGAUGUCUUCAUGAAGGGGAAUGCAAGAUUCUAACCGGAUUUUCAGUUAUUAUGGUUGAUACAGAGUUCCGAUUGACAGAAGCAAGAAAGAAGAUUGCUCUAACGUCCAACACCGAAGUCACACCUGCAGCGGAUUUCGAUGUUUUUGUUCACCUAGACAUUCUGCCUUAUGAAUAUGUCUUAGACUACAGUUCUAAUGUUCAAUCUUCUUUUACCAGAGAUUUUCUAGGGUUUAUAUAUGAAGUGAAGAUCACCAAGCUCACGGAAGAUGACUCUAUUCCUAGGAACACACUAAACGAUGCUCCAAAAAUCACUAACUCGAUAGAUUUCACCCUCCAGGAUAACGAGUACAUCCUGUUCAUGUCGGAAGUGAAGAAGGAAUCUCUAUUUGAAUUCAAUCCUAUUGGAAUCGAUGAGGUUGAUUACUUCACGGAUAUAAUGUGCUCUUCUGAUCAAGACAGCGAGGAAGUGGAAGAACAAGAAAUGGAAUUUGAUUACUUUAACGGUUGUAAAAGCGACAAUAAAAAGUGA